UGCUAAUGCUGCAACUAGUUUGACUUGCAAAGACAAAGAAAGAAAAAAAAAACCCAUUUAUUUCUUUCACUUUCUUCAGAAUUUAUAUAAAAGAGACAUAAGAGCUUAAUGAAUGGAAAUGGCUAAAUCGCAACAGAGUUUUGUUUUGCCAGCCCCAACGUAGAGUAAUUUUUACUUACGAAAUGAGAAUUCUUUAGACAGUUUCAACCUCACUAUCAUUUCUCUCUCUUUCACUUUGCUUAAACCCUAAGCCUCCAUCUCAUGGAUCUAAACACUUUGUAUAACAAUCAUAAAUUGGAAAGAGAAGUCACAGCUCCUUCUUUCUCAUUCUUUUCUUAUACAGAAAAAGAAAAAAAGAAACAGAAAUGUCCACUGCAAAAGACUUUUCGAGCAUAGUUGCAGUAGCAAUAUUGUUUCUUGGAUCAUGGGUUGAUAUUGUCCAACCUCUACCGUGUGAGGAUAACACUAAAUGCGGAACAGGUUCAUGCGACAUUACUGGUUCUUGCAUUUGCAAUCUCCCCAAUCCAUCCACCAUCUUAGAUGGCGAUCGUCCGUUUCUUGGGGGAAAACAUUGUGACGAGGAGAUGAUAAUGUGUGAUGGUACUAAUUCAUUUUGGUGCGAACAUGGAGGGAAAUGUGUGGAGAUUGUUCAAGGUGAGAAUUAUACAUGCAAGUGUCUUCCAGGAUUUAUUGGAGACCAUUGUGAGCAUUCUGGAAAAGCAUGUGGCAGGAUUCACUGCUUUCAUGAAGCUAAAUGCUUGGUUGAAGAUGAAAUUUGUGAAUGUCCUUCUGAUUGGAAAGGAAAUGCUGAUUGUUCCCUCCCAACAAUUACCCAAACUGGUUCUCUCUUUGUUCCCUUUCAUCUCACUAUCCAUCUUCUUCAUCUUUCUCAUUUCUUUUUGGUUUCUGAUAUUAUGUGCAGACCUGUUAGACUUGAUCAAGAUCUUAGGAAGAAAGGAAAAUCCUCCAUGGACCAUUUUCAUUUACUUUUUAUUUUAUCUUUCUUAAUUGCAGAAUCUCCUGCGAAUUCCACAACAACUGGAAUUGCUCGACCUGGAGAAAAUUUUUUCAGCAGGUCCAACUGGGUGGUGGUUGCUUUAGCCGUGUCAUGUUCAGUGGGAGCAGUUGCAGGUGGUGCUAUUUACGCCAAGAGAUUAUUCAGCAAGAAAGAGAAUGCUGUUCCCAGAUUCCAGCAACUAUCACAAAUGCAGAGUCAUGACGUAUUGGAUGAUGAUGAAGAUGGAUCUAUGGUUCAUAGUAAUGGCUAUUCACAUCGUUAAUUUGUAUAGUUUUGGCUCGAAUAGGUGCAACAAUUCUUGUUUGAGACAUCCUAUAGACUAGUCAUAACACCUCAACAGGAAUUUAUAUGUUCUUUUGAAUAAUCUGAUACAAUCUGCAAUUACAGGUAUCAUGUCUCA